UGCAGGAAACUUAACUAAAUGAAACUAAAGUGAUUAUAUAAUGCAAGCAAUUUGAAAAAUCGAAUAAAGUGUUUAGGCUAAGAUCUGCAAAUGUUUUUAUUUGCCUAUCUGUGCAUGUGCUCAAAAAUCAACAGAUCAAACUGAAUCCACACAUCAGACAACAAACAAGACUCUAACUCAAUACUGACAAAAUGGCCUCUACACCAAAAGCGAAUGGCACGACAGCGAAGACAGCAACCAUGGAAGAAGACUACAUCACUGUAGUGGAAGUGGACGAUCCCACGUCCUCCUCGGAGGAUCGUCUAAAGAAGCUAGUCAAGCGGCAGAGCUCCGUGGCGGAGGACUCCUCGUUCAUCACAGUGCUGACCAUCAAUGAGAUGGAGCUCCUGCAGCAGCGACGACAGGAGGAGGAAGUUGGAAACGCCCAAGUUCCGGCGAUGGAGGAGCAAAUUGAAGAUGUCACAGUGUUCAGACUGCCAGGGGAACGUCUUGGUUUUGGAUUGAAGUUCCAGGGAGGCACCCGAAGCACAGAGCUCGUCCAGAAACUGUACAUACAAUCCUGCGCCGCCGACAGUCCCGCCUCCAAAGUGGCCACCGGUUGGGGGAAUCUCCGUGAGGGAGAUGAGAUCGUCAGCAUCGAUGGUCGGGAUGUGAGGGAAAUGACCAGAAUAGAUUGCGUUCGUGGUCUUAAAGACAAUGUGGCCAUCCAGCUGGUGGUGCGCAAUGGUCAUGGGCAGAAGCCACCCAGCGAAGAGGAUCCACAGCAGCAGUUGGAACAGCUCUCGAUCACACUGAAUGCCCAACCACCUCCACCGCCACCAGUUCCACCAAGGAAAUUGGUUAGGCGACAGAACUCCAAGGAGAAUCAGGCACAACUGGUCGUGGAGAAGCCUCUGACUCCGCCUCCCGAUGCGGAGUACUACCUGAACCUACUCACCGAAUCCAUCAAGGCGGGCUCCGAGUCGGACGACACCGCCAGCACCAUAUCCACCGUCAUCGACAAGUUCUCCAUGAGCUCCAACUACUCCUCCGACAGCAGUCUCAAUGGCCAUGAGUUGGCCAAGGUACUGCAACCCUUCACCCUUCUGGAACAGGAGUUUCUGCCCUUGGAGCAGCCAAUGAGUCAUCCCAAGCUGCUGAUUCCAGGCAACAACUACGAAAAUGUGGAGUUCAAGACGGAGAAGGUCAAUGUGUAUGAGAACGUGGUGCUCAGGAGUCCAGAAACGACGCCCACACCAAAGCCCCGAGUCCAACUGGCCACCGUGGAGCCCAAGAAGCGAUCUAUCAUACCCAUGCCACGAAAGAUUCCUGCACCCAGUAAGCUCCCCAUUGAGGUAUCACCACCACGAGUUCCCUCCAUGGAGGAGCCCAAAACGCCCACUAAUGAAAAGCUAGACUCCCCCAAGACGCCCACAAAUGAGUCACUGAAGGAGUCACCUAUUAGUGCUACCAAAAUACCCAAGGCCAAGUUCUCGAGGGCCAAGACAGAGAGUGAGAUUAAGCUGCCUUUGCAGCCCUCGAAGCAGCAGUCGCCGCAGGGAAAAUCGCGCAUACCCAUAGUCAGCACCGCCACAAAACCAGUGCCCAAGCCAGUAUCACCCUCAUUGAAUGGAUCGUCAUCGCCCAGUUCAAAUAUCCCAAGGCUUUUGCAAAAGCAGAAAUCCGAAACGGAUCUGAAAUUGAACUUGUACAGGAGUAAAUCCAAGGAGGCUAGUCCCCGUCCGCCUUUGCAGAGGGCCAAUUCCGCCGAGGCUCCCGAAAGGACCUUCAUACCUGUACUUCUGAAUGGUAACUCCAAGAGUUCCAACUCCCUGGAGAGCAUUAGUUCGAUUGGAAGUAAUAGCAGCGGAAGUACUAGUGGAAGAUCUCCCAAGGGACCCAAGCCCAAGCCACCAGAGCGAGUUCAAUCGCUGCAGAAAACGCAAAUACCCAAGCUACAGGCCCUGCCAACCACACCACCUCAGCAGAUCCCCAAACCUAGUAUGCAGACCUUCAAGCAGAGCCCACCCACACCCAGAUCGACUCCAGUGGGAACCCCAUCCCCGACUAGCAAUCGGGAGAUACGCUUCAAGAUUCAGACUUACGAGAGCAAAACCCAGGACGAAGACAAACUGCCAAGCCUAUUUGACCUAGUGCACAGUCAGGAGAACAAGGAUAAGGAUAAGGAUAAGGCUGAAGAUAGAGAUGGCGGUCCUCUGCAGACCCAUAACAGUAUCACCGCUCUUUUGGCCGCCGCCGCUGCCGAGGCAGCCGAUCUCUCCCGGGAAUCUCCUCCUCCGCUGGUCGUCGGGAAGUGCAUGAAGAUCGCCGAUGAUAACAAUACCACCACCUGCUAUUCCAGUUCCAGCAGCGGGGAGGAGGACGAGGAUGAUGUGGAUGCCGCCAACAGGGAGUACGUAUGCGAGGAUGGCGAGAAACUGGGACCUCCGGAGCUGAUAAAUGGACCCGGUCCUUCGGAGGCCUACUUCAACAUGUUCUGGCACUCGAACAUGCUGCCCACCAUCGGCGAGGUGGAGGAGGAGUUCUCCUCGCUGGAACCGCAAUCCCUGACCAACGGAAACCUUGUCAAAUCGGAGGAGUCGAAGAAGUUGCCCAAAAUGGAAACAAAUGCUGGUGGACUGGUGACCCAGCUGACUGACGAUAAGAUUGCUGACCAUGACGCAAGUGAAUCGCAGGUGGAUGGUCGUACUGAGAGCACAACGAACCAGACCCAGGAGAUCAGUUCUGUGAGGAGCCAGAAGAAGACCACCACCACCACUCGAGUGACCACCACCAAGACAAGUUCCAGCUCCAGUUCCAGUUCCACUUCCUCCAUUAGCUCAUCCACCCUCAUCCCAGACAUUGCCUUCAAGCUGCAACCCUAUGAGGAAAGGGAGGAGGUAUUCUCGGAACCCAUUACCACCAUCCAUGAAGAACGACGUGUGCUCAGUGAGCAGAAGACCCUCAGCGAAUCGAGGACCAGGGAUGCCUUGACCGGCGAGGAGCAACUGGUGACCAGUGCCAAUUCGAAAUCGAGCAGUGCCCGGUUCAAGAAGAUCAGCAGCAACGACAACCUGCUCGACCUUGGCGACGAGCAGGAGAUGCAGGAGCAGCCGUUGACCGCCACGAUCACCCAGGAAUCGAGUCUGAGGGAGCGGUUGGAGUGUCCUCAGGAUAACCAGAGUAUCGAGAGGGGUACUCUGACCCUAUCCGAGCGGGGAAAGCAGCUGGGCGAGAGCGAAGGACUCACCACCUACACGGAGUGUGAGACGAGCGAGAAGGAGUCCUAUCUCGAGGCCCAACAGGUUCUUAAUGGAGCUGGAACUGGGGCUCCCCAAGAUGAGAAUGGUGACCUACCCACUUUCGAACGAGAGCUCAGCGAAACCCUAACGGUCACCAACGAUGGCGAAAAGCAGGUCACCAAGAAACUGGAACAGAGCAAGGAAGUUGCUGGAAAAAAGGGAGCCAAACUCCUCAAGAAAACCGAUGAGGAGCGACGUCUCGAGCAGGAGGCCCAAAAGCUGAUCGAAAGCUACCAGAAAGUGAAGAAAGAGGCUGAGAAGCUGUACAAACUGGAAUUGGCCGACGAUGAUCAGGGCUUCGAUCUGAGUGCUUUCGAGCAGGUGGAGAAUAAUGAUAAGCCCGAAGUCAUUGAGGAAGUCCAAAAGGAGGAUAUCCAAGUCCUAGAAGAGAUUAAAGUCCCUAAUCAGCCAGUCAAAGAGGAGGUUAAAGUCCUUCAUGAGGAAGUCAAAGAACAAAUCAAAGUUGUGAAAGAGGAAAUUAAAGAGAAGGUUCAAGUGUCUCAAGAGGAAGUGAAGGAAGAGAUCAAGGUUUCUCAUCAGGAAGUCAAAGAAUUCCUCCAAAAUGAAAUCAAAGAAGAGAUUAAAAUUAAAGAACAAAUUAAUAAAAAAGAGGCUGUCAAAGUGGUGCACAAAGAAGUGAAAGUGAUUGGAGAAAGUGCCCAAGUCACAGGGACAACAAGUCACAAGGAGUCCAAAAAGGAAGUCACAGUCUCCAAAAAAGAAGAAGUUAUAGUUUCCCAGAAGGAAAGCGAACUUCCAGUUGUAACAACUACAAAAGUAGAGAUUAUAUCACCUCCCAUAGAAGACGAUUUGGGUUAUGUCCUCCACAAGCAUAUAAUCCUGCCCAAGGAGAAGGUCAAGAAGGCUCCUACGCCGCUGCCCAAGCCCAAACCCAAGCCCCCAGUGCCGACGAACAAACCCAAAGUUCCGGCUACUCUGACCAAGCCGAAGACGGCUCCUCCACCAGUUCCGAGUAAAAGGAGUGAGGUGGCGGGUUCGGGUGGCAAGCCCAAACCCACCCAGAGACGCGGCAGUUUGGAGACCUCCCAGGCGCCUCCCAAACCCCUGGAACGGAUAAUUGUGGGUGUGGAGCAGCGGGAUGAGACGGAGAAGCCCCAGCCAAUUAUCAACCUGGCCAGCGUGGACCUGCCAAAUGUGGCGCCCAAUGCCAAACAAAUGACCGCAGAAACGAGUCCUGUGGUCGAGAUGCCACCGGAUGAGCUGCAAUUCGAGAGCCACCAGUUGCCCGAUGAUGGGGCACGGGAACGGGCUACGCCAAAGGAUUCGCACCAGGAGCCAAAUGACCUGCUCAGCGGGUCGUCAUCCUCGUCGGUGACCACGCCCAUAACAACGCCAAUUUUGGUAUCUGCCACCUCGUCGAUGGACUCGGUGCAAAGUGUCAUCGAGGUCGUCAAUGGCAUGCCCAUCAUCAGCAAUCAGCAGACCGACGACGACGACAAUGAUGAAGAUGGAGCGGAUGACGAUGGGGUGCAUUCACAGGCCGAAGGACUAAAGGAUGUUAGUCCCGUCGAAGAGGUGACUACGUUGCCGCUCGAAAAAGAACACGAAUCAGAUCUUGGUACCCUCGGCAGCCACCACAGCAACAUUGGCAACAUCAGCAGCAUCCAAGCUAGUAGCAACAUCCCGGCAGCAAUUUUAACCGUCAGCAGCAGCAACAAGAAGACAACCACUGAGGUGGCAACCAGUAGCAAACCUGCUGCACCACCGAACCCCGGCAAAAUGGAGCUGCUGAGCAGCACCACAGCAACGGCCACGACAACCACCACAGCGACGCACCACCUGCACCAGGCGACCACCACGAAGCAGCUGCUGGUGCAGGAUUACCUGAGCUACGCCUCACCACCCACAUACUCCCGCCUGCCGCCCGACGGCCAUGAGUUUCCGCCCAACUUCAGCGAGCCACUGAUCAUGCACAGCCACCCCCUGAAGGUCACCACCGAGUUGAGCUACGAGGUGCAGAAUGGCGGCAAGGAGGAGACCUCUGCACCACCACUGCCCAAAACGGGGCCACCGGCCACAGUUCCCCGCAAGGUGUACCGCCAGGAUUUGGUUAUAAACGUUGAGGCGGCACCCGGCUUGAACCGAGACUAUCAGAGAUCCCUGAGUGGUGGUACACCACGAAAGCCCAGCGAUUGGAGGAAGGAUGAAAAGUCCGAGAAGUCGGUGCGCGAUAAGAUUGCCAUGUUCUCGUCCAACAACGAACUGGAUGCCAUACCGCCGGCUCCGGCCACAGCCCCCAUAACCAGCUCUUUUUCCCGAAAACCCCUGAACAGGAGCAGUGAGAAUCUGCUCGAUAGCUGCUCCACAUCCGCGGCUCCUUCCCUGAAAACCCGAGCCAUGAGUGUGGAGAACCUAAACGAUGUCCAGCGGCAAUAUCAGUUGGCCAAGCAGCUGCCCCAAUUGCAUGUGGCAGAUUCCAUGUAUUCCCUGAAUACGGCCACGCCCACCCAGAGCUACGCCUCCUUGCCGCGAAGAAGCCACGGUGGAUCGUAUUCUUCGGGUGUGGAGAGAAGAAUCAGCUUUUCGGGCGAGGGAGGCGAGGCGGCCAAUCGCAAGGCAGCUAUAACCAAUAUACUAGAGCAGCGGCGGAGGAGUUUGUCCAAGCUGCGAGGUCUGGUGAUCCCCGAGCGACCCCAGCUGCUGGAACCCAUCCUGGACUUGCCGGAGAUCAAGAGCCAGGUGAAGGCGGCCAGCGGGGAGGAUAGCACGGACAGUGGUCUGGGCGAGAGCCACCGCAGUAGGAGUAACCAAGUGGGUGCAGGAACAGCAGGAAGUAGCUAUCGCAGCAUCUUCACCACCAACCAGAGGAGACCCCUGGAGCAGCAGCUCUCCCAGCCGCCAGCCAAACCGCCCAGGACAUCGCUGACACCACUCCAGCCGAGGGUCAUGAUGAUGAUGCCGCCACCACCGCCUCCGCUGGAUCAGGAGAGUGACACGGAUUCGGUGUUCUCGCACACGGCCAGGGUGGCCACGCCCCCGGAGAAAUUCGCCCUCACCAGAACCCUGAGUUCGGAGACCAACACUUCGAUAGCCAGUUCCAACACCUCUACUCUAACAUCCGGAUCUUCGGCCGGCUCCCAGGCCAGUUGCAGUUCCCUGGGCAGCACACCAGCUGUGGACCUAACCCGCAGGGUGCUCAAAAGCCAGGUAAUCAAUGGCGAACCCGUAGUCCUGUCCAGUCGCAAGAGCAUCCUGGCCUCGGCCAAGUGUCGCAGUGCCAAGAGUCGUGGGCAGGAGGAGGACAACGACAGCACCGAUGGCGAAGCCUGCUCCCUGGCCAAUCGUCGAAUGAAGCCCAUCUCCAGCUACAAACUCCAGCAGCAACAGAUCCAGUUGGGCAAACAACUGGUGGUGGACAAGCUGAUCAAUGUGGCUGCCUAUGUGGAACUCACCUCGGAUACGGACGACAGCAGCCGGAGAUCAGAUACGCCGGCCAAGAUUAGUGCCAUGUUCAUUGAUGAGGAGCGCAAGGCCAGCUUCAAGGGAGAUCCCAGCCAGCAACUGACCAAGGUCAAGGUGGAGCCGGUCAAGCCCAUGGUCCUUCUGCCCAUGGUGCUGCCCUCCCCGAAGAGGGAACCCCUGAAGCAGCAGACCACCGCCGAAUUGAGGGAGAAGUUCGAGAGGAGUGCUGCGGCUCAGGCCCAAACCCAAUCCCAGAACCACUCGCCAGUGAUCCACAAGAUCGCCCAGAAGCCACACCACGAGCGAUUCUCCUCGCUGGACUCGCUGGCCUCCAGUUCCUCGGGCGUGAGUUCAACCACCCAAAAUGUGAGCACCACCCAGGAGACGGCCACCGAAUUCGGCAGCUUCUCGUCGCUGGGCAGCAACCAGAGCUUGAUCACCGCCCAGGAUGUCCAGCAGAUUGUCGAGGAGGCCGAUCCUCCUCUGAAGACCCCCGAGGCAUUCAUCAUUGUCCUGCAGAGGGAUAAUCCCGAGAGCAGCAUUGGCAUCACCCUGGCCGGCGGUUCCGAUUACGAGGCUAAGGAAAUCACGAUCCACAAGAUCCUGAGCAACACGCCAGCUGCCAAGGAUGGUCGUCUGAAGAAAGGCGAUCGAAUCCUCGCCGUCAACGGAAUGAGCAUGCGCGGAUUGACGCAUCGCGAGUCCAUCAGUGUGCUGAAGACCCCCCGACCUGAGGUGGUGCUAGUGGUGACCCGGUCCGAGUCGCUGGUGGUGAAGGCGCUGACCAAGAAGCGAUCCUCCCUGGGAUCCCUCAGCUCGCUCAACGAGAAGCCCACGGAGCUCGACUACGAACGCAAGAGGAACUACCACAAGGCCUCCCGAUCUCUGGACUUGGACCUCGAUCUGGUGUCCAACGAGGCUGGUGGAUCGCCAGUGGCCACCACCCCGAGCACCGGAUCCGUGAGUCCGCCGCAGCCGGCGAGCCUGCACGACGAGGAUGCGGAGGCCACCAUCGCGGGAAUCCGGGCCAGAAGGCAAUUGUCCCGCGGAGAUGCCGCCAAACUGAGCACAAGUGAACUUUUGGAACGGGCGGCGGAGGCCAGGAAUGCCAUUGCGGCGGAGAUUCGAGCACAGGCAGAGGAUGCGGCGGCCAGUGGAGGAGGAGCUCGUUGUGUCGAGAUUGUCAAGGACAGCUGUGGCCUGGGUUUCUCCAUCGAAGGAGGCUUUGACUCGCCGCUGGGGAACCGUCCCCUCAUCGUGAAAAAGGUGUUCAUGGGUGGUGCCGCCCAGAAGACCAACCAGGUGCGCAACGGCGACGAAAUCCUGAGCAUCAAUGGGUCCUCCACGUCGCGGAUGACGCGAGUGGAUGCCUGGAACUAUAUGAAGCAACUGCCGCUGGGACCGGUCAAGAUCUGCUUCGCCUAGGGAGGAUGGUCCAAAUACAAUGCCAACGAUGGGGAAGAAUGCGCCACAAUUUUUGUUAGAUUUAAGCCAGUUAGCUUGGUUACCCCUUAACCGGUCUAACCUUGGGGGUCUUGCCAAUUCGAUGGAUCGAUGCUGCGAGCGAUUUGUUUUGCAUUUAAACGAACCUUUAACUGUACGCCUAAUUUUAUAGAUAUUUAAUUUAAAGUGCAAUUGUUUAAACUCUUACAACGUUUUGAUGCCCUAUUUACCUACCUUAAACUGAUCGAUGAUUGUACAUAUAACUAAUCGAGACUAAUUUACGUAUUUAAACCUUAAAACAAAUUGAAGCCAGCCCUCUGGGCAGCGCUAUUUCCUUAUACACAACUUAUUAAUCCACAAACAUAACGAAAAAAAAAAAACACAAUUAUAUUUUAUGCCAUAAAUUAUACGGGAACGUUAUACAUGUAUAUUAUUUUAAUAAUUAUUAUUUUAUUUAAAGAACAACAAAAACAAUGUUUACGUAUACAAAAGUAUUUGCUAAAAAUAAACUUACAAUAUAUAUGAAAUUAUA